AUGUUUAUGUUAAAGUCCCUCUUUUCGCGCGUGUGGAACGACCCCAAUGCGUCUGAGUUAGCACAGCUAUCAACUGGACAGCUAUAUCUAGUCAGACCUAACAGUAUCAAAGGCUCCAGAGAAUGCAUAUACAAUGAUGCAAUGGCCACAGUCCGUCGCACUCCAACAGAGCAUCAUUUCCAUCUUGUAGUGACUAAAGUAUACGCUGAAGGCGAUGAGCCAACUCUCGAAGAGGAUGAUGAAUCCGAGGAUGAACGUGUAUUUCUUCUCGAUGAGGCGCUUCAAUUUCGUUCGAGUACAUUUGAAGGGACAGCGUCGUUCCAAUGGGCCGAUCUCGACGGGGACGAAGGGGAUUUCUUUGAAUUUGUGGCAAUAGGCUCUAAUGCCCCAACAGCCGCCUUUUUCGAGACUUCGAUUCUGAAAGCAAUGUACGAACGCAAGUAUCUUCGUAGCUCGGAUUCUGCGACCGAAGCAGAACUUGCGGCCUUGACUUAUCAGCCACCACCACCCACCAAAGCGUCACCUGCAACUCCAAAGUCGAAGAAGGCUACUGCUGUAUCCCCUUCCCCUGCUCCUGCCACUUCGAGUGCGCCCCUGACCCCUGUCAAAUCUGAGGUUAAAGCCAAAGCCCCACCUCCGGAAGCAGAAUCCCAAUCAUCUCAAGUUAGCGAGCGCCCAGCGGUCGUUGACGAAGAAGCGCAACUGUAUUUAUGGGAAUCAGAACCCAUAGAACAAUUCGCGUUCCAAGCUGGGGUUAGGGCGUACAUAGUAGAGAACGACGAGUUUGAAUAUUACCUGACUGCGAUUGAGAAUGGGACAUACUGGUUAGCACACCCUAUCUCGGAGGAUCUUAGUGGGCGCUGGUCCAAGAAUUUAUUGUCAUUUACGUGGACUCAUCUCUCCCAAGAGGGAGCAACUUCGUCAUGGUGUUUCCGGUUCCCAGACGUGGCUGGCUUUCAGCGAUUCCAGCGUGAAUACGUCCGAUGCGUAUGGGAGACGACAAACAAGGCCUCGUGGGGAAAGAUCAAGGCUGAUGAGCAACAAUACGCGAUCGAUGCCUUCGAUUUUGAUCCAGACACAGAAAUGCAUGACGUAUCCGAUGAAGAGGAGGACGUGGAAGACGAAUUAAGUACAGUUGAAGAAGAGAACAGUGAAGAUGAAGAUGAAGACUCCGACGACGAGCAUGGUCCCGUCCGUAUGCCUGAUGCUGGCGGGAAGAACAAGCUUCUGGCCAACGGCUACAAGAAUGGUUUGUCCUACAUCGCUCGUGGCAAGAAUAUCGGCGUGUUUAGAAAGACCGAGGACGAUACACUCGAAUAUGCUGCAACGAUCAGUAAGCUACUGACGCCACAGGGGAAACAAUUUGCACCUAAAAAGAUGAUGCUCCAUCAACAAGACGCAACUCUCGUUUUGAUGAACGAGCAAAAUCCAAAUGCGCUCUAUCAAAUGGAUAUUGAAACGGGCAAAAUUGUCGAAGAAUGGAAGAUUAGCGACCAUCUUGAGAUUAAUUCGAUGGCUCCCGACUCCAAAUUUGCACAGAUGACACCUCAGCAAACCCUUGUCGGCACAUCACACAAUGCAUUAUUCCGGAUCGACCCCCGGGUAAGCGGCGAUAAACUCGUGGACAGCGAAUACAAACAAUAUGCCACCAAAGCCGCAUUUUCAAGUGUAACUACCACCGACAAGGGGCAGCUCGCCGUUGCAUCCGAAAAGGGCGAUAUCCGGCUAUUUGACUCGAUCGGAAAGAAUGCUAAAACAGCACUGCCUGCACUCGGCGAUCCAGUGAUUGGAGUUGAUACAACCGCUGACGGGCGCUAUGUGGUAGCGACUUGUCGCACUUAUCUGCUCUUGAUUGAUACACUGAUCGGGGAAGGCCGCUAUGCGGGUAGUCUCGGGUUUGACAGGAGUUUCCCCGCUAACGCUAAACCUAUGCCAAAGCGAUUGCAACUCCGGCCCGAGCAUAUUGGGUAUAUGGGAGGACAUGUGUCGUUUACUCCAGCCCGAUUUAACUCAGGUCCCGAAUCUGAGGAACAAUUCAUUGUGACAUCGACUGGAAACUUUGUGAUUGCAUGGGACUUCAGAAAGGUUAAGAAGGGCCGUCUGGAUCGGUAUGAUAUUAAACAGUACGAGCAACAAGUGAUGGCAGAUGACUUCCGGAUGGGCGAUAGUAAAGACAUUGUCGUUGCAUUGUCGGACAAUGUGCAUCUUACCAAGAAACAAGCCCUAGUCAAACCCACACGACAGUCACUGGCUACCCCAACAAACAGCCUUCGGUCCCGGUCGGAUAUUGUGAAUGCACCGUACUAG